GUUUGUAGCCCAAUAAUACCGAUGGAGGACACUAUGCCCUCCUUGAACCUUAGGGACAAAUUAUUGGAAUCUCUUAAUCCGCCAGCUGAUCGUGAAGCGUGGUGUAAAGGUUCUCAUUUUAAUAAUUAUCUUCGGCAGUUAGAGCAGGCGGAAGAAAUGCAAGCAGCGGAAAUAGUAAAGCGUGAUCUCAAACUUCGCAUUCUAAAGAAAAAACGCAACUCAGCUAUGUGGAAUGAAAAUAAACAGGACAAUCUCAAAGGUAAUCAAAUUCAAAAUUUGAAUACGAACAAAUCGAUGAGGUCUGAUGUCGGAAGACAGGUUAUUGAGCAAGCGCAAUAUGGACAAACUUUUCUCGCACACGAGAAACCUACGCCCAAUCUUUACAUUAGUGGUAAAGGUCGCUCAGACUCGACAAAAAAAUCCAAGCAGCAACCUCAGCCAACAGUCGGUGAACUUUUGUUGAAUUCAUACAAGAUGAAUCAUGACAACAUGCCCGCGUUUGCUUUCCCCCCUCUUCUUACACCUUUUAAACGGUCUUUCUUUCGCUAUAGUGAUAAAAAAGAACGACCCGGUGCUAGUACUUUACACGAAAUCGAUCAGAUGAGUAGGAGCUCUCGAGAAGUACCUCCCACUCGAUAUACAUUAAAUCAAAAGAAAAAUGGCUAUUCUUUUACAGAACGGAAAAUAAUGGACAUGUCUUUACAGGGACAAGUAAAUGGGCCUCCUGGUUUCUUUUCCUCAUGGGCUACUUGUGCACACCGUUCUUAUUAGUACCACUUAUAUUAUAUACCGUUGAACUUAUUCAAAAUAUACCGAUAUGUAAAUAUUAUAUUUAUGUUUGUGUACUCUAAACUUGGUUCAACGCUCCUUAUUUAUAUUACCUUACCCUUGCUAAUGUAAUCCUUAUUGAGGUGAGAAUUUGCGUUAUCUCUUUCUGGGAAAUAAUUACCCCAGAUUA